UUCUAAUAAACUUUAUAAUCUAGGACAUCACAUGAUAGUCAUGUGACACUUCUAUUGAAACAGUACACAAACAGUGAAACCGGCAGAGAAUAUGAAGGAGUUAGUGAUUUUAUUAACACUAUUUGUUGCUCUGGUCAGUAUAACAGCUGAACCAUUAAAGUAUGUACGUUACCAUGCUGAACCACAACAGGAAUGGAGUUACGUUGAUGUACAUGAAGGGGCACACAUGUUCUACUGGUUGUACUAUACCACAGCACCUGAAGGAUUUAAACAAGCUCCACUUGUUAUGUGGUUACAGGGUGGACCAGGAGGGUCAGGUACAGGAUUUGGAAACUUUGAGGAGAUUGGACCCUUAGAUGUGCAGCAAAAUUCACGAAAUACAACAUGGUUACAAGUAGCAAGCUUAUUGUUUGUUGAUAACCCAGUAGGAACUGGUUACAGUUAUGUUGAUAACAAGGACGCUUACACUCAUGAUGUAGCCGGUAUUGCAGCUGAUAUGAUGGUUACCUUGACAACAUUCUUCAUGACAAAAUCUCCUCAGUUUCAGGAUGUACCAUUUUAUAUCUUCUCAGAAUCUUAUGGUGGAAAAAUGACAGCAGCUAUCAGUCAAGCUUUGUAUCAGGCAAUACAAGCUGGAGAUAUCAAAUGUAACUUUAAAGGUCUGGCGAUGGGAGAUUCCUGGAUUUCACCAAUAGAUUCCACAGUCACCUGGGCUCCCUACCUUUAUACUAAUUCACUGAUAGAUAGAGCUGGAUUAAACUCAAUCAAUAAGUCAGUGAUCAUAAUCGAGCAAAACAUUCAUGACGGUAAAUGGGAAGACGCAACUAGUAACUGGGGAGCCACACAAACUAUUGUUGCCUUGACAACCAAUGGUGUCAAUUUUUACAACAUACUCAAGUGGGGUCAGGAUGAAACAUGCAGGCUUUUUAAAGGUCAGGAUAGUCUAUCAAGUCGUAUGCUGUCACGUCUGCACCAAGAUGACCUGGCUGAGUUGAUGAAUGGCAAGAUUAAGCAAAAGCUUGGUAUCAUUCCAGACAAAGUCGUAUGGGGUGGUCAGUCUAGUGAAGUAUUUGCUACACAAAGUGGUGACUUCAUGAAACCUGUUGUAGAUAUAGUUGAUGACCUAAUACAGAACACAGAUUUAGAAGUGGUUGUUUACAGUGGUCAACUUGAUCUUAUUGUGGACACGAUAGGAACAGAAGAGUGGGUUCAUAGACUUGAAAUCGCACAGGAAUUCAGAGAUGCUAAACGUUCCCCGAUACUAGAUCCAUUGACACGAUUAACAUCUGGCUAUGUUAAAAAAGCGAAGAAUUUCUCAUUUUACUGGAUUCUUGAUGCCGGUCAUAUGGUGCCGUCAGAUAAUGGCGAUAUCGCACUGAAGAUGCUUAAAAUGAUCACUCAGGGAAAGAAAUAAACACUCUCGAGUUCUAGAAGUAAAACCUACUCAAUUUUGUUGUAAUAUAAAAAGAUUGUCCAUACAUGCAUCGGAUGUUUUGAGAUUAUAGGAAUAUGGUGAUAGGAAUACAAAACCCCAAGUGACAAAAAUUGUGACUAUACUCACUAUAGUUAUCUCCUCAAUGUUGCAAAAAGGAAAUAUAUUGGUAAAAGAAAGGUACAAAUAACCAUGUGACUAAAAAAACCUUAGCAUCAAUAUUUACCAGUAAUUAUUUGGAUGUUAAUUUUCAGGUCAGAAUAUUGGGAAGUUGUGUUUCAUUAAAAUUAAGUUGUUUAUUCUUUUAUAAAGAUCUUUUGAAAUUUUUACUAUAAUUUUAUGUAUUUAAUCUUUAGAUAUCACUUAAUUUAUCCCUUUAAACAGCCCAGUUAUCACAUUUAGUUUAAGAGAUUAUUUUAUCAUUGAUCAUAACUAGCACUUUGUUUUGACAAGAUGAAGCGAUCUCUUAGCACAUAACAGACUAUGGUAUAACCAUAUGGAUUAUUUCUGAAACAGGUAUAUUUAAUAUAAUUUCAAUAUAAGGAAAAAUUUAAUAUAUUUUCAAUAUUUAACAAGAGCUGUCUGUAGGACAGCACGCUCGACUAUUCUAAGUGCUUGAUAGUAAAAGAGCCUUUAUAUUGUUUAAUUUUUUAAGUUCACAAAAGGGCUAAUUUUUUUUUAUAAAUUCAUGUUAUAGGCCUAAGAGAGAGUCUAAUUAUACAGUAUUGGCUUGACUAUUCGGAAGGUAAUGUCACAAGGGUGUUUUAUUGAGUAUAAUAAUACUAAUUACCUAUGAAUAAAUAAAUUUGACAGAAAAGGUACAAAGGCUUGUUAUUAGGAUGUUUU